AUGGAGUACCAAAUUACACCAAAUGGUACGGUUCUCGAUUUAAUUUUCCUGUCCAGACUUGUCAAACGGCAAUCGUUACUAUUAUCUGUUACGACGUGCAGUGUUUACUUUGCGUUAACCACGAGCGUACGUGAACUAGUAUUCUAUGUAAAGCAACACUUUCAAGUGCCAAAAUGCCAAAAUUUCUCACAUAAAGAAUUAGAGCUAGCUUUAGAAGAAAUAGUACAAGAUUUGGACUGUGACAAUCUAAAAAUAGAUGCUGUGUAUAUUCCGCCAAACGUAGACGAACUUACAGACGAAGAGAAUUUUUCUGAUGAUGUCGAAAGACGAGAACAAAAUGAAAAUGCCGAUAUCGCGGGAACUUUUGAAAUUCAUACCAAUGAAAAUGACUUGUAUGGUGAUUCUGAUGAAGAACCCUUGGCUGUUAAAAGGCAGAGGAUUUUAGAGCAAAACCAAACCAAUUUGAAUCCCGUCUGGCGGUCUGGAAAUUUUUUGCAUCAAAAUGUUCCGAAAUCAAAGGAAGAAGAUAUGACCGAAGCUCUAAGGAAAUCAGUUAGAGGGUUUAUCAUCAUCAUAUAUCGGUUUGGAACGUCUUGCGACGUUGUUCGAUGCCUAACUUCCACGUCUCCCGAUCGUUCCAUUGUCCCUCGCUUAGAUUUCUGGCACUCAUUGCUCUUGUGACACCCUCCUUCCAAGUCUUCUUAGGUCUUCCACGUUUUCUUCGAUGUUGGGGUAUCCAUUGCAUAAUUUGUUUUGGAAGUCGU